GGCUCUUCAAGUGGACCAACUACCUGAAGGGCUACCAGCGCCGCUGGUUCGUGCUCAGCAACGGCCUCCUCAGCUACUACAGGACACAGGCUGAAAUGGCCCACACGUGUCGCGGAACCAUCAACCUGUCAACGGCUCAUAUCGAUACGGAGGACUCUUGUAACAUUGUGCUUUCCAAUGGGGGAAGGACAUACCACUUAAAGGCAAGCUCGGAAGUGGAGAGGCAACGCUGGGUCACGGCCCUGGAGCUGGCCAAAGCCAAAGCUAUCCGCAUGAGGAACAACCAGUCAGAUGACUCGGGCGACGAGGAGCCCGCCUCGCAGUCUGACAAGGGCGAGCUGCACGGCACGCUGAAAACGCUCUCGAGCAAGCUGGAGGACCUGAGCACUUGCAAUGAGCUCAUAGCGAAGCACGGGGCGGCCCUGCAGCGCUCGCUCAGCGAGCUGGAGAACCUGAAGCUGCCCGCCGAGAGCGGCGAGAAGCUCAAGGCGGUCAACGAGCGAGCCACGCUCUUCCGCAUCACCUCCAAUGCUAUGAUCAACGCUUGCCGUGAUUUCCUGGACUUAGCCGAAACUCACAGUCGGAAAUGGCAGCGGGCACUCCAGUAUGAGCGAGAGCAGCGGAUCCGCCUGGAGGAGACCAUCGAGCAGCUAGCCAAGCAGCACAACAGCUUGGAGCGAGCCUGCCGAGGAGCGCCCGGGCUGUCCUCGGGCGGCGCGGGCAUCGCCAACACUGCCAAGGGGAGCGUGCAGUCCGCCAAAGGGGAAGCCAGUGACGAAGAUGAGGAGACGGAGUAUUUCGACGCCAUGGAGGACGCGCCAGCUUUCAUCACUGUAACCGCAGACCCCAAGCACCACAGGCGUUCUGGCAGUAACCUGAGCGGGGCCAGCGAGGGCCACCCUGAGGACUGGAACCUGGAGGACAGCGUGUUUGAGAGCUCCAACCAAACCAGCUACAAUGAAUCAACUUGCAAAGAUCUCCUGCCGAAGAAAAGGAGGAGGACCCGCAUCCCUGACAAACCUAACUACAGCCUUAACCUCUGGAGCAUCAUGAAGAACUGCAUUGGCAAAGAACUGUCCAAGAUCCCCAUGCCUGUAAACUUCAACGAGCCGCUCUCCAUGCUGCAGCGGCUCUCCGAGGACCUGGAGUACCACGAGCUGUUGGACAAAGCUGUCAAGUGCGAGAGCUCCACGGAGCAGAUGUGCUUCGUUGCUGCGUUUUCCGUGUCUUCCUACUCGACGACUGUCCACCGCACGGCAAAGCCAUUCAACCCGUUGCUGGGGGAAACCUACGAGCUUGACCGGCUGGACGAGUUUGGCUUUCGGUCCCUGUGCGAGCAGGUGAGCCACCAUCCCCCAGCCGCUGCCCAUCACGUGUAUUCCAAGCGAGGCUGGACGUUGUGGCAAGAAAUCACGAUCGCCAGCAAAUUCAGGGGCAAAUACCUCUCUAUCAUGCCACUGGGCGCCAUCCACCUCGAGUUCCACUCCAGCGGGAACCACUACGUCUGGAGGAAAGUCACCUCCACCGUCCACAACAUCAUCGUGGGCAAGCUCUGGAUUGACCAGUCUGGUGAAAUAGAGAUUGUUAACCAUAAGUCAAAAGAUAAAUGCCAGCUGAAAUUUACCCCCUACAGCUACUUCUCCAGAGAUGUCCCCCGAAAGGUGACAGGAGUGGUGACCGAUGCUGAUGGUAAGGCCCACUACGUCAUGUCUGGCACAUGGGAUGAGAAGAUGGAGUGCUCCAAGAUAGUGCAGAGCAGCCACGGCAGCACCAGCUCAGAGGGCAAGCAGAAAACGGUCUACCAGACCCUGUCUCCAAAGRUCCUGUGGAAGAAAUACCCGCUUCCGGAGAACGCUGAGAACAUGUAUUUCUUCUCUGACCUGGCCCUCACCCUGAAUGAGCCUGAGGACAGAGUGGCCCCCACGGACAGCCGGCUGAGACCCGACCAGCGGCUCAUGGAGAGCGGCCGGUGGGAUGAGGCCAACGUGGAGAAGCAGCGUCUCGAGGAGAAGCAGAGAGCCGUGCGCCGGAGGCGGGAGGCUGAGGCUGUGGAAGCCCUGGAGGAAGGCAAGGACUAUGAAGGCUACAUCCCACUGUGGUUUGAGCGGAAGGUGGAUCCCAUGACGGGGGAGCUGAUCUGUGUUUACAAAGGUGGAUAUUGGGAGGCCAAGGACAAGCAGGACUGGAGUAUGUGCCCUGACAUCUUCUGAGCUGCUCUGCUCACUCUGGGGCCAGCCCCAGGCUUCUCUCUUCACCAGGAUAGACAGAGGGACAAUGAGGACAUGCUGGCAGCAUCCUGCUGUCAGGUAACAGUGCAAAGAAACACAUACAGAGACUCAGUACAUACAGAAUUUUGAAGAGAAAAUCUAAACAGGGAUUCCAAACCUAUUUUUUUACGCACUAAUAAAUAGCAUUCUUUUUUCUUUCUUUUU